CCAAAGUCGAGAAAUUUAUCUGUGGACUAAACUACGAUACACAGAAAAUUGUCGCUGUUUUGGGUUGCCAAACUCUGACUGAUGCUUAUGAUAGAGCUGCAGUUCACUAUCGAGUUCAGCAACUACAAAGAGAGAGGAACCAGAAGAUAAAGAGGGACGAAGAUGGAGGUCGAGGAGAAAAGAGGGUCAGAGUGCACCCACCUACACAGCAACAAGAAGGGAGGAGGAGGAGAGAUGACCAAGGUGGAAGAAAUUUCCACGGUCAAAACCAACAAAAUGAUCGGAGAGCUGCUCCCAGAGACAGGCACUUCUACUGCAAGAGGUGCGGGAGAGAUCACCCCGAUGUUAACUGCGAUGGAAGCCUAACCAAGUGCUUCAAUUGUGGGAAGCUAGGGCACCGAACCUUCGAGUGCCUCUCAAAGACCAAUGGGGUACCAGUGAACCAAGUGCAAUACCGUGAUGGAGGGAGACCAGGUAUGAACCAAGUUGGGCCAAAUGGCGGGCAAAACAACAACAACAAUGCCGCCGCUGCCAACAACAAUCGCAACCCUCGAGGAGGAGGGGAGAAUAACCGUGGCAAUGGCAAUGGCGGGAACAAUGACAAUGGUGGAAACAACGGCAACCGUCCGAACCAAGGGCGAAUCAUGGUGAUGAACCAGGCCCAAGCUAAUGCCAACGAUGUGGUUUCAGGUAGGCUCUAUGCCUAGGGUUUAGACGCGGUUUUUCAUCCGCAGGUUUGGUGCACCGUUUUCCUUUGAGCAAAGCAGCAAACACAUUUGGGUUUGGCCGUUUAGUUUUCUCUGCCGACAUCAACAACACGCAAGGGAGUAGCAAUGGAAGGCAAUAACCAAGAGUAGAUAGAGGUCGUGGCUCAAGCUUAUGAAAAGAUGGAGAUGAAGGAACAAGAUGAAGACACAGACAACCAAUGACUGUAUGAUCGGUUGAAUGUGAAGGCGAAGGGCGAAGUGUUAUUGGUUAGUCCCCCUCCUGAACAGCCGCCCGG